ACUUCUAGGCGACUGUAUAACUGGCAAAGAGCACGCCGCAGUGAAGUAUGAUGCUUUCUUCGAAACAUCACUUCUUUCGUAUAAAUUUCAUAUUGCCGUUGGCUCUAUGUCUUGGGAGUCGGUAUUGUGGAUUGUCCGAUGCGAAAGAAACCCAAGUGAUGUCUACCGCUGCCGCGAUUAAAACAUCAUUAACUAUGGAAAUUAAACCUUCUAUGAGGAUGGCCGGAUUUCGUGAGAACUAUGCCACUAAAACAUUAGCAGCAAGCUUGGAAAUCAAGACAAUUUAUUCCAAAUCCAAAGUGUUUACAGUGCAAGAAACAAAUAUUCCAGAACAAUCAAGUUUUUCAGCUGAGGCCGUAAUUCGACAGUCACGGGAAACAAAACGCAGUUCGACUUUUCUUUACAGCGAUGCAUUGACUUCCACAUCGCGAGUCAAUUCAGGCUCACCUCACGCUAAUACCUCAACAUAUUUCUUCCCGGAACUUCCAUCCUCUGUCGUUUCUUUUUCUCCGAAUCGGACGAAUCAUUUUGAGUUGAAUUCGACUGCCGCCCCAACUCACAAUUACGAUGAAAAUGGAGACUGCUCCUCAGGACAAACGGUGGAGAAAUCAUGCGACACUUAUGUAACUAGAUGGGUCGAUUUUUACGUGAAUGUUGGGGGAUGGAUAAUGCUGGCAGUUGUUCUUGUCGGAAUUACGGUGCUGGUUUCAACUCAUUUUCAAGCCAGGAAGAAAACAAAAGAGUUGAAGAGAUUACCUCAAUUAAUGUACAAAGAAAUACGUCGCAACCGAGGUCGCUGGGUAUAGAAAGAGCGACGAAAUAUUCAUCUGUAAAACAUCAAAGAGGCCUUGUUCAUGUGAUGUCCGAGUCAGACUACUACUCUCGUUCUGGCUUUCCUUAUACAGUCUUCGUCAAGGCAUGAACGAAAUAUCGAUGAUUAAUUUUAUAUGCUAGACAGAACUUUAAUAUUACCUUGUCUACCUCUUGCGUUAAACUUCGGACCUCGUUCAGAAGACAAAAACUAGAUUACAAAUAAACUAUAGUCUGCGCUUUAAUUUAUGAUUUAGUAACGAGACUGACGAAAGCGGUGGACCAGUAUGCUACCGACUACCGUUAGCUCUUGCAAUGCAACAGCAGCUUUGGUCAGAGUAAGAAAUGGCGCUUAUGCAAUCUGCCGACAUGCAAAAUACUUAAAAAAUAUUGUAGGGAUAAAAAUUAAGGAACGAAGGCUUCUAAGUAAGCCUCGGUGCAAGUGUUUCAAAUAAAUUGUUCUAGGAUACUCACUAGCGCAGCCGGUGUCCUUCUACUUAGACUUCGCUAAAAAAUUUGACUUUCUUAUUUUAGCAUCAUCAAAUAAGAAACAUGGUCCUUGAAGAAGGAUACACCCUUACUUUGCUUGGCUUGAUGUAAAAAUUACCGCUGCUAUUGAGUACUGAGUGCUCCAAAAAGCACCUGAGCUUAGUCGCCAGCAGGUAACUAUUCUGAGCUGCUUUCCUCUCAAUUAUUUAUCUUUAAGUACAAGAUACUAAUAUUAUCACUCGAAGAAAAAAAGAUUUCUUGACACCUUUUUCGUAGCUCGUUUAAGAACGUUCGAUAUUUUUAUCAAUUUAAAAAAUUAGUCUAGUAUCUUACAAACUAAAGCUUAGCAAGCUUCUUGUAAAUAAAAUAUUGCUGCUUGGGAAA